AUGAACUGGUUUACUAAAGAAGAGAAGGGCAUGUAUCUGGGCUCACCGUGUGAGUCCUCGUGCAACCCGAAGCUGGUGCACGUGUACUGCGAGCCGUCCACGCUGUCCUGCCAGUGCGACCCAAAGCACCCUGUCGCGCUCGGACCCGCCAAGGGCUGUGCCAGGCCGAAGAAGCUCGGCGAGCAAUGCUUCUACCGGCAGACGUGCCGCGCGUUCGACCCGCACGCGUCCUGUGUGCAGGUUAACCACAACGCGUAUUGCCAGUGCGAGCCUGGCUACCACAGCACCACGCACACGCGCCCCGUGCCGCGACUCUUCUGUACAGAAGACAUGGUGUUGCUGACGGCGGACAUGCCCACGCUGCUGGGCGUGGCGUCGGGCAUCUUCGUGUUGGCGGGGCUGCUCUGCAUGGUGCUGCAUCUAUACACGCGCGCCCGCUACCAUCCCGCUCACCUUGCUGACGCCCGCCUAACGCCACCCUGUCUCUACUCGCUCAACGAUACCGGAGGCACAUUGAGCGCAACGCGUGCCUCGUCGCGCGCGUCCUCGCGCAGCGGCUGCACGAGCGGCUGCACGUCGGGCACGCUGGAGGGCGGUCGCGGGCGCGGGACUGGCGCGUCGCGCGCAGGUGCCGCGCGGGCGGCCGCCAUCUUGUUAAUCUCGCGCCACCUGAAGCCCGUAAGGGACGGCGGCGCGCACCCGCCAAAGUGCGCCGCCAAAGGUUCGCGACGUCCAAGUCUGAACUCAGUGCAGAGCAGCUCGUCGUCGAUCAGGAGUUACAGCGCGAAGCGUUGGGAACGUGAGCGUGAGCAAAAGGAACGCCGACAGAUGAGCAUGCGGCUCGCGCAGCUACACGACAAAAUGGCCGCCGGACGCGAGUUGCCGCGCCACGCACCCACGCCAUCGCCGCGCUCGCCCAACAACUCCACCGACGGCUUGCUGCCCGCUGUUUGUGAAAUUAGAGAAUUAAUAACAAAUUCGGAGCAACAGCUGCAGGGAGUGGACGGACCUUGCUCCAGCUCCUCGCUUUACUGACCCCAGCCGCGGGGAACGACCAGCCGACGGUCCUUAGAUUCCCUCUCCUCUGACGGCGCCCCUGCCCUCGCCUGGAUGUAACUACCGAACGAACGGUAUAAAGAACGAAAGAACUAUAGUGCUCGCUGGAGUUGAACGAAUGAACUGAGGUGUGAACUGAACUAUUUGAUAGAUGGUAUUGUGAGAAACAUUUUACAAGUGAUGUAGUGUUUGAUAAAAAGGUUUUUUGUAAGCUCGCAGUGUCGCUAAUUCUGAGAUGAUUUAAUGGAUUCUGAGCAAACUCGUUCUUCAUUCUACGUUCUAUAUGUUGUACGUUACAGCGAUAAGUGAUUUUAAAUAAAAAUACUGUUAUAUUUCUUAAAAAUAAAAACCAUAAUUGAUUCGUAAUAAAACUGUUGAGUAUAUACAAUUGGAGAUAUGUCAAAUAGGUCUAAAACUGAUUUGAUAAUGAAGUAUGAUAUUAACUCCAAUAGUAUAUUAUUUAAGUAUAGAUCACAAUCCCAUAAACCCCCAAACAGGAACACCAUAUCGAAUUAAAACGAUAAUAACGUAACUAGAUAUUUUAAAAAUAUUAAACAUCGCGGCCUGUGGUUACUAAACUAAAAUAAGAUUGACCGAUAUUUUUAGUGUUUCUUAGGUUUCAUUGAGCGAAAAUAUUUUUGAAAAAGAAAAAAAUAUUUUACCUAAAUCUGUGGACAAAAAAAUGGUUAAAAUCUUGUGGCACUGGUCGCUGUGUUUAACAAUAGUUAACAUUUAAAAAUUGAUACUGAUUUUACGAAUAACUAUAAAAGUAUUUUUAAUGGAAAGCUUGAAAGCUAUUAGAUGAAGCACUGUGGAGUUAGAUUAAACAUUAUUAGAUUCAAUGAAAUGCUUGAAUAAUAAUAAAAUAAUAAAGGCCUCUGUAUCCUAGAUAUUUGUUAAAUGAACAGAUAAAAUGUUGAUAUAAGAUUACCGUCCUAUUUCAAGCUCAUAGAGUAUGGUUUUGAUUAGUCUUGUCAUGAAUAUUGAUGGUCAGAUGACUUCGUGCCGCCGAGUAUAUAUUUCAUCGCGAUGAAUAAAUCAGUCAGAUGUGUAGUCAGUCUGGUAUCGCCAUCCUGCCAUAACCAAAACAGUGAAUGAUUUUUAAUAAUGUUUAAUCUAACAAAUCUGCCAACCCUUAACUGGGUGUGUUAGAUAUAGGAUAAUUAUAUA